UUUCCCAUUUCCAUGGUAAGCUUCUUCGCCUCUGUUGGGAAAUCCCAUCUUCAGAAUGUUAAGUAGCCAUUUUUAUUUGGUUUUUCCCUUUCCACAGUGAGUUCGAUCGAGUAGCUACGGUGUUGUGUCUUGGACCUUCGGCCAGCUCCGACUAGUGGGCCUAUUUCACUUCCACUCCUACCAUUCGAUCCACUUUGCUUCCGCCAUAUCUCCGACCAUUUCGCCACAUUAGCUCUGACCUUCGCUUGUUUUGUUGAAGAUGACAGGAGAAGGGAAUGAAAUUUCGAAUGACGUUGGAGCUGCUAUGUUGGAGUUAGAUGACGAAAAUGUUAUCGAGAAUAUGAAAGUACUGGGUAACGGUGCAACAGGAGGUGAUGGUGCGGUUGUGCCUGAGGUGGGCAUGAAGUUUAAGGAUGAGAAUGAACUUUUCGAGUUUUAUAAAAGAUAUGCAUAUGACUUGGGUUUUUCAGUGGGAAAAAGAAAUUCGAAAAGGGAUGAUGAUGGAGUUAUGCGAUAUGUUACAUUUGUUUGCAGCAGUGAAGCGAAAAAAGUCAAUAAUACAAGUGUUUCUCUGAGGCCGGCAGCUACCAUGCAGAGUGGAUGUAAAGCCAUAUUGACUGCAUGUUCAGAUAUUAAGGAAAUUUGGAGAAUUAAUACAGUACACCUCGAUCAUAACCACGGAAUAAGUCCUUCGAAGUUCAGAUUGUAUCGUUAUAAUAGAGAGCUAAGUGCUCAGGUGAAACGACGACUUGAAGUAAAUGACAUUACAGGAAUACCACUGCACAAAAGUUACAACUCCGCAGUUGUCGAAGCAGGUGGAUAUGAGAAUAUGACCCCACACGAAGGUUGCAGUGAAUUACGACAGGUUGGUCAGUACCCUUGCACAAUUAAUGUACGAGAAUAUGGUUAAAUCAUUCGCUACGUUGGCAAGUAUUACUUGUGAUGACAAUGUAAAGCAUCUUCUAUAUUGAAGUGGAUUGAAAUUCAAUGUAAAGAGAUGGCGACGUCGAAGUCAAGUAGCAGUAGUAAUGUCUUGUCCACGCAUUUAGCACCUCAGUGUGCAGCGUCACAAGAUAAUGACAGUAGUUGCGGUGGCGUAUGGGAUCCAAAAUGCGCAAAGAGAAAAGGGGCUCCUAAAAAACUUCGGAAUAAAUCGCCAUUGGAAUCGAGUUCAACUAAAGCUAAGGCUGGAUGUGCAACCAAAGGGAAGAAACCCAAGACACAUAACAAUAACCUUGGAGAUCGUGCACCCGCAUUUCAGACAACUCAAGAAGCGCAACGAUCAAUACCGAUUCCGUUUUCAUAUUCACAGCUACUAAUGGUUAGUGUAUACAUGGUUCAUUUUCCUUUGUACAAAUAUAUAUGACCGAUACAUAAAACUUUUUUUCCAUGAAGGGUGCAAACCAAAGCUUCGAGUUUGCACAACACUUAUAGUCAUCUAGUUCGAUCCGCCCGAAUGGUCAAGUAUAUAAUGCAAUGCCUCACUAUGUUCCAUAUUUGUCGGACAACAAUGGUGCAAACCCAUGAUGUUGGAAUAAUGACCAUGGAAAUAGAUAUCUGGUAUAGGUAUUUGAAUGGAGAAUGUACGUGAGAGCUCUGGCGAGUGAUAUAUGAAGUGGGAGAGCCGUUCAACUUGAAGCUUCAAUUGUUUUGCUAAUUUGAUUAAUGGAUAACCAAUUAGUUGUGGGCAUGUAAUGAAUGUAAUAUAGAUGUUGCUAUGGUUGUUUUGUUGAACUUAUUUGGAUCAAGUGAAA